GGACAGCCGGUACACAGGGAACUCCAUGAUCAUGAAUAAUCUCCGGGGCGCUAUUAAUUCGAAGCACGGCGUGCCAAAAUCAAUAUUUCCGCGCGAUUCUCGAUGCUGAAGUGAUCUCAGACACGCACUCGCUCUUAUAAAUAGGUUUCAAAUAACAGAAUUCACAUUGUCAAUAGCACAUACUCGUCUAUCUUCUUCAAGGGUACGGAUUUUUAUCAGAGUCGGCAGUGAACAAACCGCGGUUGGAGUGUAAACAAUCGAAGGUGUACGUUGCAUACGUGUUUUGUUUCCAUAACCUACUUGGUAUCGCGUUUCAAUUGUUAACAAGGCAUGGGUGAUGUAUUCACGAACGGGGUGCCUCAAGCCCAUCCCAUCAUGUCUUUCUAUUCGGAUUUCCAAGAGGGAGACGCCGAUCAGGACAAAAGCGAUAUUCUAGACAAGAGAACAG